AUGGCCAGCCGGCGCGUGACGCGCAAGUGGGAAGUGUUCGCGGGGCGCAACCGAUUCUGGUGCGACGGCAGGCUUAUGACCGCGCCCCAUCCCGGCGUCUUCUUACUCACGCUGGCCCUCAUCUGCGGCACUUGUGCGCUGCACUUUGCGUUCGAUUGCCCGUUCCUUGCGGUCCGCGUGUCCGCCGCCGUGCCGGCCGCCGGCGCCGCUCUGGCCGCGACCACGCUGGCCGCGCUGCUGCGCACGGCCCUGUCCGACCCGGGCAUAAUUCCGCGGGCGCCGCCCCACGAGGCCGAGGCGGCCGGCGCCGCGGAGGCCGAGGCGGGAGGUCGGCCGCCUCCGCGUGCUCGCGAGGUCCUCGUGCGGGGUCGCCCCGUCAAGCUCAAGUACUGCUUCACGUGCAAGAUGUUUCGCCCGCCGCGCGCGUCGCACUGCUCGCUGUGCGACAACUGCGUCGAGCGCUUCGACCACCACUGCCCGUGGGUGGGCAACUGCGUCGGCCGCCGCAACUACCGCUACUUCUACCUGUUCGUCGUGUCGCUGUCGUUCCUGUGCGUGUGGGUGUUCGCGUGCGCGGUGGCGCAUCUGGCGCUGCUGGCGCGGGGCGUGGGCGGUGCGGCGGCGGCGCUCCGCCAGAGUCCGGCGUCGGCGUUGGCGGCCGCCGUCUGCUUCCUGUCCGUGUGGUCGGUGCUGGGGCUGGCCGGCUUCCACACGUACCUCGCCUCCGCAGACCGGACCACCAACGAGGACAUCAAGGGCUCGUUCUCUUCGCGUCGCGGCGUCCAGAACCCGAACCCGUACUCGCGGGCCAACGCCUGCGCCAACUGCUGGCACGUGCUGUGCGGCCCUCUCGCGCCCAGCCUCAUAGACCGACGCGGCGUAGUCCCGCCCGACGGCCACGACCUGCCGCCGAGCUUCGCGGCGGCGUCGCGUUCGCCGCCCGCCACGUUCGUCGUCUUGCCCGUCGCGCCGCUCCCCGCUCCGAUCUCAGCGCCGCCGAGACCCCGAGACGCGGCCCGCGCUCUCCAGGCGACGCCGCCGGAGGCGAAAGGUUCGUCGUCGGGCAGCUACACGAACCUGUUCGCGCUGGGCGAGGAGGCGAGACACGCCUACACGAACCGCUCGCUGGAGGCGGGCGACACGGGCGCGGGGUGCGCGGGGAGCGAGGCGAGCGAGGCGGCCGAGGCUGGGCUGAGCGCGUCCCGCCUGCGGCUGCUGCUGCACACCACGAUGAUCGAUGCCGCCCUGGACCUGGACGACCCCGACCCUCCGCCGCCGCACCUCGCGCUCGCCCCGUGA